AUGGCCGAUACAUCCUCCGCUCCCUCCUCGCUGCCUCAGCCACCGACUGGUGGUGCUUUCGAGAAUGGCUCCCAUAUGCCGCCGCCGCUUAAUAUCCCUCAAAAUACGAAUCCGCUGCCCACCUCUAUGAACAGUGCGUUCGAAAUGGGCUCUCCGACCAGCGCUGGGGGCCUCGUCAGGCGUGCGGCCCCGGAGCCGAACAAAAGAGCUUUGUAUGUGGGUGGACUCGAUCCUCGCGUAACAGAGGACGUCUUGAAACAGAUCUUCGAAACGACGGGCCAUGUGCAGAAUGUAAAGAUCAUUCCGGACAAAAAUUUCCAGUCAAAGGGGUUCAACUACGGCUUUGUUGAAUACGACGACCCCGGUGCCGCCGAAAGAGCCAUGCAGACCCUCAACGGAAGGCGCGUGCAUCAGCAGGAAAUUCGGGUCAAUUGGGCUUACCAGUCCAACACCACCUCCAAAGAGGACACUUCCAACCACUUCCACAUUUUCGUCGGUGAUCUCUCCAAUGAGGUGAACGAUGAGGUCCUCUUGCAGGCAUUCUCAGCCUUUGGGACAGUUUCGGAGGCGCGCGUGAUGUGGGACAUGAAGACUGGCCGUUCGCGCGGAUAUGGUUUCGUAGCUUUCCGCGACCGCGCCGAUGCUGAGAAGGCUCUGAGUUCAAUGGAUGGCGAGUGGCUCGGAUCGCGCGCGAUUCGCUGCAACUGGGCCAACCAGAAGGGUCAGCCAUCAUUUUCGCAGCAGCAGGCCAUGGUUCAGAUGGGCAUGACUCCGACCACUCCAUACGGAGGACACCACUCAUUCCCGACUCAGGGGGCGCAGUCUUACGAGAUGAUCGUGCAGCAGACUCCUCAGUGGCAGACUACGUGCUACGUCGGAAACCUCACGCCAUACACCACCCAGAACGACUUGGUUCCGCUGUUCCAAAAUUUCGGCUAUGUCACCGAGACGCGUUUCCAAUCGGAUCGCGGCUUCGCUUUCAUCAAGAUGGACACCCACGAGAACGCCGCCAACGCCAUCUGUCAGCUGAGUGGCUAUCAGGUUAACGGCCGUCCGCUCAAGUGCAGUUGGGGUAAGGACCGCCCACCGACCGGCCAAUUCGAUGGCUUCUCUCCAGCGCAAGGCCCACCUUCUGGGUUCCCACAGAGUGCUCAAGCAUUCUUCCCUCAAUACGGCCAGCCAGCCAUGUCUCCUCAAUGUAAAUAA